AUGCAGUUCACCGCCCUCGCUAGCAUCGUCCUCGCCGCUGCCCAGGUUAGCCUGGUCAGCGCUGCAACCCUGGAGCAGCGCCAGAUCCUUGGCUCGUGCAGCAGCACGACGCUCCCUCUCCCCCUCUGCGGGAGCAUCUUCGGAGCUUGCAGCGGCAGUGGGUGCGCUUGCACCAACGUGCUUGAAAGUAUCCCCAUCGUCGGCGGGACUCUCGGCUCGAUUCUCGGUGGCCUCGGCGGAGGUCUUCUGAGCGGCUUGUUGCCUGGGCUCUGCACCACCGGUGGUAGCUUGCCGCUGGGCUUGACUCAGUGCCUCGAAUUGGGCUGCGAAACCGACGCUGACUGUACCUGCGCUGGUGCGACGUGCACUCCCGUCCAAGAUGCCCAGAACAGUACUGCCAUCUCGUUCUGCAUCCCGGCCGAUUUCAACAACAUGGCCCUCUGA